AACAUGUCACCCUUCUUUCUUGCUAUAGUCACCGGAACGAAAACAAGCAAAGAGCCUCACUGCCUCAGUUCUGUAACAGUAUCGCGCUGGAAGUCGGCUGAAGAGUCGAAACGUAUAGAUUGCAGAGUCUCUAUUUGGAUGUUCACUCCAGUCUUACUGAAUAAUGGCAUGAACUCGUAAACCCUUCCCCACCCGAUGCAUCAAGGCCUGGCUGUGUUCGGUCGAAGGUUCUUCAUUAAAUCCACUGGUUUCAUAACCAGCAGAACCUCCUUGUCGAGACCCACGAAUCCCCUAAACCCUAGUACUAAUGGCGUUGCGUGUUUUAGAUUUCUAUCGGUUGUGGCUAUGCAGCGGCAACUGGCCGACCCAGAUGACCCGUCCACCUUAAUGAAAGAGGAUGGGGUUGCAGUCAGCUCAGAGAUGUGGAUAGAGAGUUUCCGGGAACCUGGUAAGACUGUAACCAAUCUCACGUCCUACCUUCGGCGGUUUGAAUUGUGGGUUUUGGCUUACCAGAAAGUCUGUGCUGAUGAUAUGGGUUCCUACAUGCCCCGAAGUGCAAUACAGAAAUCCGCAUUGGAAGACCUGUUAGCACUUAGGAAUGCCGUUCUAGAUGCCAGGUUUAAAUGGGGAGCCAGGUUGGAUUUCUUCAUUCGAUCUCCAAAGGAUAAAACUGAUCUUGAAUCUCUAUCAAAGCGGAAAAUCAGGGCCAUUCUAACUACCACUCAGCCAACCCCUUUUCAAGAUAAAAUUGUGCAAGAAGUUCUGUUGAUGAUAUUGGAGCCCAUUUAUGAGGCUCGAUUCUCACAAAAGUCAUUUGCAUUCAGGCCAGGCAGGAAUGCCCACACUGUUUUACGUGUUAUCAGGCGAAGUUUUGCAGGUUAUCUCUGGUACAUCAAAGGAGACUUGAGCACACUAUUGGAUGGUUUAAAAGUGGGGAUGGUAAUUAGUGCUCUUAUGAGAGAUGUUAGAGACAAGAAGGUGAUUGAUUUAAUUAAGUCAGCGCUUGUUACACCAGUGAUAACAAGUCAAGUUGAUGAAGGUGAAAAGAAGAAGAAGAAGAAGAGAAAGUACCAGAAGAAGAAGGUGUUAGCAGAAGAUGAGCCAAAGCCUGAUCCUUACUGGUUAGAGACCUUCUUUGGUUUUGCUCCAGAGGAGGCAGAGAAGUUGCCCUCUUGGGGACACUGUGGAAUUCUUAGUCCCCUUUUGGCAAAUGUCUGUUUGGAUGAAUUAGACCAUUGGAUGGAGGGUAAAAUCAAGGAGUUCUAUCGUCCAUCAAAGAAUGAUGUGAUAUGGAAUAGUCAAGAUGGGGAAGUGGAACAAGGUAAUACAUCCUGGCCUGAGUUUGUCCCUACAAGUGGGCCUGAUAAGACCAGGAAGGUGGAUUACAUCCGUUAUGGGGGACACAUUUUGAUUGGGGUGCGAGGCCCAAGGGCAGAUGCAGCGACUUUGAGGAAGCAAUUGAUUGAGUUUUGUGACCAGAAGUAUCUCUUGAAGCUUGACAAUGAGAGCCUACCUAUUGAACACAUAACUAAGGGUAUUAUGUUUCUUGACCAUGUUUUGUGCAGGCGUGUUGUGUAUCCAACACUUCGAUACACUGCCACCGGUGGAAAGAUAAUCAGUGAGAAGGGUGUGGGGACCCUUCUCUCAGUAACAGCAAGCUUGAAGCAAUGCAUUAAACAAUUUAGAAAGUUGGGAUAUCUCAAGGGGGAUAGGGAUCCUGACCCACAACCUUGUUUCAGAAUGUUUCAUGCCACACAAGCUCACACAAAUGCACAGAUGAACAAGCUCCUUUCAACAAUGGUGGAAUGGUAUAGAUAUGCAGACAACCGUAGGAAGGUUGUGAACUUCUGUUCUUACAUCAUAAGGGGGUCAUUGGCAAAGCUAUAUGCUGCAAAAUAUAAAUUGCGCUCGCGAGCAAAGGUGUACAAGAUUGCAUCACGAAAUCUCAGCCGCCCAUUGAAGGAGAAAAAGGGUCAGUCCCCAGAAUACCAUAAUCUGCUAAGGAUGGGUCUCGUGGACUCCAUUGAUGGCCUUCAGUACACUCGUAUGUCUCUUGUGCCUGAGACCGACUACACCCCUUUUCCAAGUGGUUGGAGGCCUGAGCAUGAGAAAGUUUUGCUCGAGUAUAUAAGACUUGAGGAACCAGUGACUCUGGAGGAGCUAAGGGGUUGCCUUAGAGAUCAGGGUCUUAUUUCACCGCAGGAUUACAUAUCGAUGCUUGUAUGGAACUACAAAAGGAACGCUAUCAUGGUAGAGCCACUUCCUGUGGCUGAAAGUGGUGACAACAAUAUUCAGAGAUCUGACGAGGCAUUGUUGGCCUCGAAUGAGAGCUCAAGUGGCAGGACAAGAGAAGAGGACAGUGAAGAAGGAUAUCAGGCUGCUCAUACGUAGGAAGUCAGAUUUGUAUUUUGUGCUUGAAACGAUCAGCAAUUUUUUGUAGAUGGAUCUGCACUGGUCAACAAAAGAAUGAGGCACAUAGUUUCUGCAAUGAAAGUAUUGCAUCACUCUUGAAUUUUUAGGGAGCUCUUCUAUUCUUUCAAAAUUUUCUUUGGUUGGGUUUCUACCUGCAUAUAUUCAGGUUUACCUUUAUCUUGCAAUGCUUUCUUGCAAGUUGCAAUUUAUGCUUUGAGAACUUGGUAAAUUAAUUCUUUCUAGCCCAACAAUAUUUUCCUAGUUGUUUAGCAAUUCAAGUAUUUUACAUGUAUAUUAGGUGAAACGAGUGUUCUUGGAAUUUAAGCUGAGUUUAUCCGCUUUCUCAAAUCUAGAAGUCUACGCCUAUCAGAUCCAUAAAUUGUUAUUAGUAUUCAUGCCUUUAUGGUGCCCAGAAAGUUUAUGGAUGUUGGAACCUUUGGUUCCUCUAUUCACUUGCAGUAAUGUAUGGUUCCUGUAUUUACUUGUAGCAAUAUAUUUGUUUGGUAGCCUUCAAAAAAAAAAAAGUUUGGUCUGGACCUAUAAAAGAUGGAGGAGAAGUAAAAGAAAGGGGACUUUGAUAGAAGAAUCAUGCCUUACUGACCAGGGCCUGUAUAUGUUUGUGUUAUCAAUAUAAUGAAAUGCAUUCUCACUCAUUUAGUUUUGACUGGUUCCAA